AUGACCCAAUGCCAACAACUACUCAAGUCAGUAUUUCAGACACUAUCUGUUUGUUUAAUUGACCCACGUCGUACUAGCAUAACACAAAUUGGACCACAAUCGAGUUGUGUUAUUAAAUUUAAUGAUCAAUUACCAAGUAAUGAUCGUAUAGUGAGUAUAAUUGGUAUGCCAAAUAAUAUUACUCAAGCACAAUAUUUAAUGCAAACAGCUGUUAAACAAUCUCAACAAUGGACUAAUUCGACUGUAGCAUCAUAA